AUGGCCUUGCAAACCAACGUUUUAAGGGACGGGCAAUGGCGGACAGAAACCGUUAACCUCCAUACCAUUCUCAAAGGGACUUCCACGCCCAACCCCCCUGCCGAAGACACACCUCCGGAACCUCCCUCCUGUGGCAUUCUGACAAGGACGAUCGUCGAAAGUCCCGUUGCUCAUUGGGUCUUGCCUGCUCGUCUGCGGUCGGCCCGCUACAACGAUGUUGUGUUCGUAGGCGACCACUAUGUUCAGGUCAACGAACUGCGAGAGGGAGGUCAACUCCACGAGAUCUUGAAGAAAGCCGAUUUCGGGUCUCGCAUACAGAAUGCUCACGUCAUCGGCAACCUGUUCGAGAGGCCCGAAGCAGGGGAUGAUGACAUGGCCUAUGAUGAGGUCAAACAUGAGGAGGAGGGCCUUCUCACGUCCGGGUAUUCUUCAACCACCCCCCGCCGUCCGAAGACCGCCCUACCGCCUCACCUAUUGUUCUUGGUGCUUGAAUCAGGCUCCUUCGUCUUUCUCUUCAUCCGCCGGUACGGGAAUCAACUGCGGUUUGUCGCGUCUCAGUUUUGUCACCCCGGCCGUAGGCUCGGCAACCUAGGGUUUCAUGUGGCAGUGGACCCAAACUCGCGGUACAUCGCAGUCGCCGGUGUUGAUAACAAGUUUAUUGUUUACGAGCUCGAGUCUUGGGAAGUCAUGGCCGAGCAGUUUUCUCGCCACAUGUCCAUCAACCCCAUCAAGACAUACUUUCCCAGGCCCGUUCAGGCACUAAUACACAAGAUGGAGUUUCUCCAUCCCCGGCCGGAAGAUGAUUUCCACGUCAUUUUACUUCUUAUUCUCGUGAAGCAAGGGGCCUCCAGCAUGGUCCUCUACGACUGGGAGAGGGGAGACGAUCUUGAGCGAGCUCUUUCGGUGGAGAAACAUGGCCACCGCAUGCCAAGACAGCACCGCAUGCCGCUCUUCCUGGUCCCCCUGACUGUCAGGAAUUCGUUCCUCUUAGUCUCGGAGAAUUCCAUUGCGGUUUGUAAGGACCCUUUACAGGGGCCUCCUGCGUAUGAAGGCCUCGAUCCCGGCACGCACCCUACAACGUCCUACUACCACGGGCUUCAGCGCCCCUUAUGGACAGCAUGGGAUCGGCCCGUUCGGCGAAGGGGGUACUAUGAGGGAAAGGAUAACAUUUAUCUCGCGAGGGAGGACGGUGUCAUCGUCUUUCUUGAGUUCAAUACAACCGAUGUCGUCGAGGCAAGUAUGAACGUCGGGAGCUGCAACUGCACCAUCUCCACCGCAUUCACGACAAUGUACGAUGCUUUUACCGACGUGGCUAUUGUAAUGGGGGACUCUGGCCUGGGAAUGAUCUGCCAGUUACGGCCAAGGGAGCCUCUCGUCGAGUUGGGGACGAUCCCCAACUGGUCUCCUGCUCUGGAUUUUGUCACGACAGACGAGUUCACAUCAUGGGAUCAGCGAGCGAGCCCUCGAGGCAACCUAAUGGCCGACUGGCGAGACCAUCCAGGACCUCGGCCCAGGAAAUGCGACAGGAUGUUCGCGAUAUCCGGCAAGGGAAUGCAAGGAAGUGUCACGGAGCUCCGCUGGGGGCUUGCCGCCAAUGUCGGCUGGGAGAUCCCGUACGGGUCUCCUGUAAAGCAAGCCUGGGUCUUCGCGGCAGCAGGCUUGCCUGUUGUCGGGUCAGGAUACUACUUGUUGCUGGCUCUGCCGGACUCGUCCGAUGUCCUCCAAGUCUCAGGGGGCGACUCGUUAGAAGUUGACCGGCCGGAUCCCGACAUUGUCCAGUUUGACAUGGGCUCGAGAACUUUGGCAGCGGCCCAAUUCUCGGACCAAAGCAUUGUACAGGUGACGGAAACGUCGAUUACUCUGAUAACAACGACUCAGAGUGUGCGGUAUCGUUACGAUUCUUUUCCGGGUAUCGAGGGGAAAGUCGAGCAGGCCACCGUUAGAGCCUGUCGUGUUGCCGUCUCAACACGUGCAGAAACCCAGUCGUUCAUCCAUACUUUCAGCGUGGACUCUGCGGAUGCCUCUGCGUCUCUAUCUCAGACAUUUAAUGUCACCGGGGAAGUCACAUCACUUGCUUUCGGCCAAAUUGGCGACCGAGAGCAGUUGCUGGCUGGCAUCUGGCACGAGAACGAAGCGUAUUUGGCGGUAUAUGCUCUAGACGAAAACAACGAGGUGACUCCGAUCUUAAACAGACUGGAGGCUGAUUUCGCAGUCGAAACGGCCACCAACGAAGGCGCACUUUCGUUGGAAGCCAUAACCAUUAUAGCCAUCGUGGACGAGACUGCGUCUGCGACCAGCAUUGCCCUGGGCUGCCGAAGCGGGUACCUCGUUAUGAUGACGAUGAUGAGCGGCCAUGCACCUUUGCAAGUUUUCGUCUCGCGCCAAAAACUUGCAUCGGUCGCGCUCGACGUGUUCCCCGUCCAUAACCGACAUCUUCCCGGCUCGGUGCUGGCUUGUUGCGACGAGCAGCUCGUGUUGUUUCAAGAUUUCGAUGCGAGGCAGACGGGACGGUUUAGGCAAAGGCAUCGUAUCAUCGCCAAUGACGUCAAGGACCCGAAGAUGACAUCUCCCCCCAUCAACCAUGCAACGGUCUUGAGGCACAGCAUCGGUCAAAGCGACCACGUAAGUGUACUCAUUCUUUCCAACGACCGGGUCCUUGUCUCCGAGCUGUUCCCGAAGCCUCGGGCUAUCCCGAGGUAUUUACCGUUGCACGGUACACCUACGAAGCUCCUCUUUUCACAGACGAUGCAAAGCCUGGUAGUAGCAAUGAGGACCAGAUCGGGAGAGGCCACCCUUGCUAUCGUGGAUCCCGACAGCGGUGAGGACAUCUCUGUGCCUACCGAAAAGGAGGGUCGCCGCGUCGACUUCAUCAAUGGGCUGGGCAAGUCCGCAGGAAGGAUCCAUGACAUGGUGGAAUGGGUGUACGAGAAGGAUGGGAGGACCUGGCUGUAUCUGGUGGUGACGACAAAGGAAGGACAGCUGCUCGUCGUCUCUACCGAACGGGCCGCCUACUCUUCCGAAGAGGGAGGUGACAUGAGUGGACAGGGCGGCUCAAUUAGACGCAUCCGAUACUGGACGCGGUACAAGAAGACCGUCGGCGAGCACAAGCCCAUCUACGCCGUUGUAGGUGACGGGCCGGAUCUGAUCUACUGUGUGGGGCAAACGCUCUACUGGGAUGUCCUGGAUUUGAACGACAGGAAGUUGAGGGGCCACACGGGGAUAGAGCUACCUUCGCCCGCCAUUUCACUGCGUCUCGUCAAGGGCAUGGUCUACGUGCUGACGCUGGACCACUCGCUGCUCAUUUAUAAUUUCAAGGCAGGGGGCCAGCUGGUGCACAGCGACGUUGGUAGCCGGCAUGCAACGCAUUAUAUUGAGAUGGGAGACAGCCGCGACGAGACGCUUGGUUGGCCGGUGACGUUGAUCUGCGAGCUCACCCGCGAGUUCGUCGGGGUCUGGGUCCCGUGGAAGGAGCCCGGGAAGGAAUUCCAGGUAGUCUUCGAAGGCAGGCUCCCCGCGGGUGUUAGGAGACUCCGGCGUGGCCGCGUCCGACCCAGUUGGCUGGCUCUCGAGCCGCGGUUCGGCCACAUCCCCAGCACUGUGGACGGGGCGGACAUCUUCGGCAUGUGCCUGAACGGGUCGCUUCAGCACUUCUCCCUUUUGAGCACGGAAGCCUGGAGGUUCCUGAGGCUCGUUCAGACACUUGUCGUGAGGCGUCAGCGGGCCUCGGACGACGAAGCUCAUCGCGAGGACGACGCGAGCAUGGGAGAGGGCAGACCCGUCAUAAAGCCGCAUGAUGCGCCGAGGAACAAGCAUAUCGACGGAGACGUGUUGCAGAGGUGCCUCGAUGCCAGAAAGUUGGAGGAGCUAUUUUCGCACGGCCAAGACACCAGGCUGGCAGACCUGUUGCGCGAGCGGCUGGAUAGCUUGGAUGGGGGGAAGUGGACGACGGGGUUUAACGGCUCGCAUCAGAAGUACGUCGAAUUGGCGUAUGACGUUGUGGAGUAUUAUCUCUCCCCUGUCUUCUAG